AUGGCAGCUUCCACAUGCCCGAAGCCUAGGAACCUUGGAGAUCACUACGGCAACCUGGCCCCCAUACUCCUGCAUUGCAUUGAGCAGACGGCCCAGCUGAGUGGUUUAUGGCCAGGGCGCCACCAGCCGGGUGCCCAUGCUGCCCUGAAGGAGCUCUGGGGGCAGCGCUCCAUCGCGCUGAUCUCGCGGGGCAUGUGCCACAUUCGGCUGUGCACCUCAGUUCACUUGGCAGCCUUGAGGGCGGCAGGAGUUGAAGCGGAGGCGUCAAUGCUUUCGGGGCAGGUGUUGACCAGCAGCACCUUCGGACACCUCAAGGGCUUGUCGGACGUGGGCUUGAAGCAGCUUUGCCACGGGACCUGCCAGACCAUGCUGGAAGGUCUCUGUGGAGAGGUGCUGCAGAGGGCCUGUCUGCAGCAAAUCCUUGGUGAGUUGCAGGAGAGGCCCCCCCAAAAUCAUCCUGUUUUAGGAUAUAGCUAUGUAGUUUUAUUAGAUCUCACAACAAAACAUUGGAUUAUAUGA